AUGAGGGACGUUAGCACGGUGCCCGACGAGUGUUCGAAGAUGUUCGACGCCUCGGUGCAGGAAGUGAACGGGAAGGGCCCGAGGAAGAGGAAAAAGUCGCUGGAGCGCACCUUCGAUAAAGAGCAACCGGAGGAGUUGAACGGCGAUGUCGCGGAGGCGCCUCCCGAGAACGGGGUGGCGGGGAGCCCUGGGGACAGCGUGGAACUGCUGCACUGGCGCGACAUGCCGAAGCACCUGCAGUUCAACCCGUACGUGCUCACCGGCUACCGGCCACUCCAGGACUGGGGCGGGUGCGUCCGGAGCCUCUUCUAUUUCCACAACGAGACUAUCAACAUCCUCACUCAUGGAGUAUCCCUUGUCUACAUGAUGUUGGUGCUGCCUGGUCUGUUGCCGUGGAGUGGGGGAGGUGGUGCCGCCUGGUUCCUCUCGCUGUGCCACCUCCUCGGGGCCCUGGCGCCCUGGUGCGGCUCCUUCCUGUACCACCUCUUCAUGAAUCACACGAGCGGCGCCGGCCUCUACCACCGCCUGUUGCAGCUGGACAUGCUGGGGAUAUGGGUCAGCCAGAGCAUUGGUGCAAUCCCAAUGGUGACCGCAACCGUGUACUGCGCGCCAACUUUGCUUCGAUAUACUGCACUCGCCGUAUACUGCCUCGGGAGUCUUCUCGGUCUUUAUAAAGCGAUGCGCGCGUGGUCGCCUUGGGAGCGACGCCUCUGCUUCGCUGCGCCGUUCUGCAUGAGGCUUUUGUUGGCUGGCGCGAGAGCGGCGCGGCUCGGCGGCGGUGACCCCCACGCUAUCCUACACGUGUUCCUACAAGACGCGGUAUCACUGGGAGGCGGUGUUAUUGGCGCCAUGCACAUCCCGGAGAAGUGGUUCCCGGGAGCAGUGGACCGUUGCCUCAACUCGCACAACAUCAUGCACGUGCUAGUAGUGCUGGCUGUGUACUCCAUGCAUCAAGUGACCACUCUGGACUUGGCGUGGAUGUCCCGCGUGGACUGCGGCGCCCCGCUGCGCCAGCUC